AGCUUUUUACCUACCACCUCCACAUCUCGCUAGAUCACGAAAAUGGAAGAUUUUGCAGGCUCUGCAAAGUCGUUCAAAGAAGUCAGUCGUCGGUUGCACGUUCUCGCGAAUCAGAGAAUAGCCAUCGGAAAGUGGUUGCAGCCACUAACCGGACCUAGUUCCGGACUGGCACAAAUUUACAUCUCUUUUCUCUAUCUCUCUCUCUCUCUUUCUCCUUCUCAUUGUUCUUUGUCUCUAAUCUUUGUUUUUAUCUUCUUCCUAUUUUCCAAAUUUUUUCUUUCUUUAUUUCUUCUUUCUGUCUUUAUUUCAAAUAUCCGGAUCCCUUUGACGAAUCCUGCACACGCAAAAAAGAGCGUUUUGAAAAAUUAUUAGAAAGGAUGCAUUGAAGGAUAAAGAAAAAUAAUGUCGACGGAAGAAGCACCGGGAAAAGGCAUGACAUCCGCGAUCCUCUCAACAAUUCUUCUUCUUAUUAUUUUGCUACUGGACCGCACCGCAGAUGCACAGAGAAGCUUAGAAUUCUUCGAUCUUCUUCCGGAGGAUCCAAAACUUUACGAUAAAAUGAGACCCCCGAAAAAAGAUGGACAAGCAACCGUUGUCUAUUUUCACGUCACCGUAAUGGGACUCGAUUCAAUCGAUGAAAAUUCUAUGACUUACGCUGCUGAUAUAUUUUUUGCUCAAACGUGGAAGGACAACAGACUGAGACUACCAGAAAAUAUGACUUCGGAAUAUAGAUUAUUAGAGGUCGAUUGGUUGAAGAACAUGUGGCGACCCGAUUCUUUUUUCAAGAAUGCCAAAUCGGUGACCUUUCAGACGAUGACGAUACCAAAUCAUUACCUCUGGCUGUAUAAAGAUAAAACGAUCCUAUAUAUGGUCAAAUUGACAUUAAAGCUCUCUUGCGCUAUGAACUUCUUGAUUUAUCCGCACGACACGCAGGAGUGUAAACUGCAAAUGGAGAGCCUGUCUCACACGACGGAUGAAAUGAUCUUCCAAUGGGAUCCCGACGUACCACUUGUCGUCGAUGAGAACAUAGAAUUGCCCCAAUUACAGCUUGUGAAGAACUACACGGCUGACUGCACGCAAGUCUAUUCCACUGGUAACUUCACUUGCUUGGAAGUGGUAUUUGUAUUGAAACGGCGACUCGGUUAUUAUCUUUUUCAUACAUAUGUUCCUACAUGUUUGAUCGUAAUUAUGUCGUGGGUCUCAUUUUGGAUAAAACCAGAAGCUGCGCCAGCCAGAGUGACCUUAGGAGUGACAUCCCUGCUGACCUUAUCGACUCAACACGCGAAAAGUCAAGCAUCUUUACCACCGGUCUCUUAUUUGAAAGCUGUCGAUGCCUUUAUGUCGGUCUGCACGAUAUUCGUGUUCAUGGCAUUGAUGGAAUAUUGCCUGGUGAACAUCGUUCUUGGUGAUUCCGAUGCGCCGGCAGCAAAACCACCGCCACCACCGGCACCGCCAUCUUCUAGCACCACCGAGGCCACCAAACUUGAUAGAAUCUUCGACAUUGCGACUAAGAGCUCCGAGGCACAGGAGAGACGUCUUCUUGGCGGCGGUUCAAGUUGUGAUCGUUGUCACGCAGGAAAAUGCCAUGUUGUUGUCCGGCCGAUCGCAGAAUUCGACUUCAGGUCCACCACUUGGACCAACGCCGGCUCAAAAGGCAAGAAUGAGGGCUUUGAACAUCGAUCGGGUCUCACGAGUCUUCUUUCCUUUCCUUUUUGCUGUAUUAAAUGUCACUUAUUGGAUAAUGUUCGCUGAAUAUAUUUAAACACUUUUUUUUUCCUUUCUUCUAUCCGAAAAAAUGUCGACUAUUUGCGAUUUAAGAAAGAAAGAGAUAGAAAUAUAUUGGAACGAAAAACGCGCGAUUAAUUGUAAUACGAAAAGGAGUGAGAAAGAUAUGUUUAUUUGGAUGCAUGUUAAAAGUCAAGCAUCCAAAUAAAGAAAGAAAGAGAUAGAGUGAGAGAGGGGGGAGGAAGAGAUACACAUUUGUUAUUAAAAAAAAAAAUAUUUUCGAGUCGAAUGAUAAAAACAAAGAUACUAACCUAAGAAAUUAAACCAAACAAAUAAAGGAAUUUAAUUUAUUUCUAACUGAAAAAAUGUAUGUAUCCUAAUAAGAUUCAUAAACGAUACAUAAAAACGUAUUACAUAGACAUAUCUCGCACCCUUUUUUUCUCAAAAGGUGCCAAAUACGAACGAUCGAAGGUAUCUCGAUUAAAUAAUAAAAAAUAAAAAUGAAAAAAGUUAAGAAGAGAGCUAGGUGAAAUUGAAUCUGUAAUUAAUUAUUAUUAAAGGGCCUUCGCUUUACAAAGAAAAAUUAAAAGAGAAAUAGUUUUGCCUAGAAAAAUUUAUUGAUCUCGAUUAUCGUAGAAAUUAUUGCACCUGCCGCUAUUAUUCCUUUAAAUUAUUCGUGCAAAGAGUUUGCAAUCGUGGAAAUUAAAUUUUCCACGAAAAA